AUGUCGGCAACCCUGAUCUCCAACGCUCGCAUCUUUGAUGGCGUCUCGGUCGUAUCAGAGUGUGGUCAUGUUCUGAUUGAGUCCGGUCGCAUUUCACAAAUCUCACCUGAACAGCCUAUGUCGCCGCCGGCAGACUGUGUUGUUGUCGACGCCACCGGCUGUACAUUAAUACCUGGCUUAAUUGAUGCCCAUGUACACGUCUUCCGUGAUGUGGAACUCCUCGAAACAGCCAUUCAGUAUGGUGUCACAACAGUUCUGGAUAUGCACAAUGAGCGCGAGUGGUUUAAAGAGAUCAACGCGAUAACACGCCAGCGCAAUGAUGUGUCUGAUGUUAAGUCAUGCUGCUAUGGUGCAACGAUCAAAAACGGAUGGCCAUCUGCCAUUGUUAGACUUGUCUCACAGGAGGAAAAUUUGGAGGAUCGCAUCUCUAAGUGGCCCAAUCUUACAGACAAGAAUUCGAUCGAAGACUGCAUUGCUAAGAACAAAGCUGCUGGGGCUACCUUCACGAAACUCAUGCAAGAGGAUGGUCAUACCAUGACUCUUCCUUUCCCAGAGCGACCUGUCCCAACUCCGUCGCUAGAAAUGCAGAAAAUGGUUGUCGAUACAUCACAUGAGAACGGAAUGCUGGCUGUUGCCCAUGCCUUAUCCAAUCACUCUACUCUGCAGGUUCUACGGGCAGGCGUCGAUGGUUUGGCCCAUGCAUCUAUCGACCCCAUCAACGAUGAAAUCAUCCAAGCGUUCAAGAAGAAUAAUGCCUUCGUCAUUCCCACACUGGCAAUUCACGCAUCUUCUAGUGGCGAGGAGCAGGAAACCCGGGACAAAUUCGCAAGUGACCUUCAAGGUAAAGAGAAGGAACAUCUGCUUGGGUGUCUGCACAUCACAUCGGACAAAUUCUCUAUCAAAAAUGUCUAUGAGCAGGUGUACACCCCCAAGGAAGCGGGGAUUGACAUUCUCUGUGGAACCGAUACAUCUAUCGACGUUCCGGGUACUCGAGCUGGUAUUUCUGUGCACCAUGAGCUUUGGAUGUAUGUCAAUCGGUGUCGGUUCACGCCCCUCGAGGCACUUGUGUCGGCAACUUCCAAAAUCGCAGAUCGCUUCAGCUUGUCAGACCGUGGUAUAAUCCAGGAAGGUCGGCUCGCAGAUCUUGUACUUGUGUCUGGGAAUCCGACAGAAUCCAUUGACACCAUUGGCAAUAUCAAGACUAUCUGGAGGAAUGGCGAAGCGGUCGUCAAAAAUUGA